CUGUCAUCGUACCCAUUCCAACAUGGCUGCCAAAGCGCGUUCCACGAAGUAGCCCGUUUGUUUUUUCUUUGUUUGUGAUUUUUCAACAGUGCAGUUUGCAGUGAAGUUUUGAACGCAUUCCCAUCGCACUAUUCUAUCCCCUGGUUGCAGUAAAAAUUGUGGAUUUUCUCUAUUGCUCACACGAAACAUUCACAGCCACAGUGUGCUAACAAAACAAAAAACAUGCCCAAUUCAAAGUGUGCCGCUGCAUUCUGCAGCAACAAGCGGGAGGAAGCGAGAAAACGCAAACUGGACAUCAUCUUCCACAGCUUUCCGCACGAUGAUGCGGUGCGUGGUAAAUGGAUUGAGUUUUGCCGACGAGGAAAACAGUGGACGCCUUACAAAACCGAUGCCGUAUGCUCGGUCCAUUUCAAGAAGCAUGACUAUCAGAUGGCCAAUUCGCCGAGACUGUGGAGCAAAAAUCUGCGACGGCUUAAUCAUGACGCAUUUCCAACCAUUACGAAUGGUUCGGUUGUAACGGUACCUCCACAGCUGGUGGAGGAACUGUAUCACCAUCCGCAGCAGAACGUAGAUGUGUCUACCGAGCGCGACCAUACGUACAGUGGGGUGACUGCUGCUGUAUCGGAAGAGUUACAGCAGGCUGUGAUGCAGGUCGCUGUUUAUCGGUUACAAAAAUUCCCCAACGUGUGUGCCUGCUGCUUGAGAGCGAUCGCGGACGAGAAGUUGUUCACACCCUUCGCUCACUACCAUGACGAGCUGGAGUGUACGAUCGAGCAGAAAAUGACCGAGAUUACAGGACUGUCAGGUGAUGAAGCGGAUCGUGCCAAUCGCUCCCAUCUUUCGCCGGACAAGGUAUGUGCGGAUUGUUUCGAAGCACUGGUAACGUUUCACCAGUACCAACGACAAUUGCAGUGCAUGCGAAAGUUUAGCAUAGGAUUAACCCAUCUACUGCUGGGCAAUAGAGAACCGCUGGCAGCACUUUACGGCGAGCAACGGCCGUAUUUGGCGAAUCUUCUCACAUGUUUGAACGUUUGCGAAGGUCCGGAAGAUAAUGUUACGCUCGAACGGUUAGAGCUAGAGGUGGCAGCAUGCGGACUGAUGCAAAAGAGUACCUUAUUGGAACUACCACCUGAAGGCAGCAAUCAACCACAAGCGAAAGCUAGAGAAGCAAUACCACCGCAAAGGGAUGGGAGCGAUAAAGGUGGUCCGAAGAAAUGGAUUUGCCCGUACGAAAAAAUAUGCCGCGAAUCGUUUCCGGAAGAAACGGCCCUCCAGCAACACGUCCGAGACGAUCACAAAGUGUUCCGGUGUCGUACCUGUGGUAUGGGGGUAAAAUUCUACGAUCUGUUUACAAAGUACCUCGAUAGUCACGAGAUCGCGCGCACCCUACUGCUGUCUCACAAUGGCAAAGAAUCGUCCAGCAAGGAAGACAAAUGUGGUACCUGUGGGAAAACUUCCCAAAGUGCGGUUCUUCUAAAGCAACACAGAAAUACCUGGUGUGUCGCACCUAAUUAUGUGUGCGACACGUGUCUCGGCUCGUGGGCUAGUGUGGAUGAAUUCAACAAUCACGCGUGCUCCAUGUCGCGCUUGAAAAUUGAACCAGCCGAUGCAAGGGAGGAUGAUCCUGAGACUGAAUUGGAAGAUGGUUCCCAUGGAAGCACCGUUACGCCGUUACGUCUUUCUUCCAGUAGUGUGGAGCUUAGUAUCGAAGUACUUCGUUAGGAGAUUGAUUUGUGUGACUGCAAAACAGAAUAAGUUGUGAGUUUUUGUAACCGUACAAGAUGUAAAAAGUUAUUAAGCUAAAACGAUGUUCCUCUCUGUGUCACACAAAAUAAGGCAAUUGUUUAAGGAACUGCUGAUCUCCUGCUCUAUGUGAUCUAAAAUAAGACUAUCUAUUUAAAAUAAAUUAAUAUCUUGCAUCGAAAAGGAUAAAAUGGC